CAAACCACACGUCAGUCAGGCUGUUCAGCCUGUAAGGAACACCAGCACGUCCUCCUGCGGUAACAGACAGAUCCAGUCCAAACCGAUUAAAGUGAAACUGAAUCUUCAGCAGCGUCGAUUCUGUGAAGAGAGGAUCAGAAACAGCGUUUGGAGAGAAGAACAGAGGAUUCAGUGUGAUCUGAAGGAAGAGAGAUGACCUCCAAAAUGAGUUUCUCUGAGGAACAGGACACACAGGAAGCUGAGAGACUGAAUCAGGGUAAGAGAUCAGACCCACCUGAACCCAGCUGUGUGUCCAUGAAGAGUGACCAGUCAAUGGGCAGAGAUAUAGAGUUCAGAGGUGAUAACAGAUCUACUAAGUUCAGACUGAAUCAGGGUAAGAGAUCUGACUCAUCUGCACCCAGCUGUGUGUCCAUAAAGAGUGACCAGUCAGAGGACAGAUUUAUAGAGUUCAGAGAUGGUCACAGAUCUACUGAGUUCAGAGGCAAAAAGGAGACACCAGAAGUGACCAGGAAAAGAAUGGAGUCCAUAUUCAAGGAGCUGGAGCACAAAGUCAUCUCUCUGGUAAAGAAACAGCUGAAGAGAUUUGUGAAGCUUCUGAAUCUGGAUUACCCAGCAUGCUCUGAGAGAGAGGUGGAGGAUGAGGAGGGUCAAAGUGUCAGAGAGGGGGCGCUGAAGAUCACACUGCACGUCCUGAGGAACAUGAACCAGACAGACCUCGCUAACACACUACAGAGCAAACUGGCUCCUUCCUGUCAUCAAAAGCUCAAAUCCACACUGAAGGAAAAAUUUAAAAACAUUAAUGAAGGAAUUUCAAAUCCUGGAACCUCAACACUUCUGAAGGAGAUCUACACAGAGCUGUACAUCACAGAGGGCGGGAGUGGAGAGUUCAAUAAUGAACAUGAGGUCAGACAGAUUGAAACAGCAUCCAGGAGACCAGCAACACAGGAGACGCCCAUCAAAUGCAACGACAUCUUUAAAGACAAACCCAUCAGAACUGUGCUGACUAAAGGAGUCGCUGGAAUUGGAAAAACAGUCUCUGUGCAGAAGUUCAUUCUUGACUGGGCUGAAGGAAAAGCCAAUCAGGAUGUUCUCUUCAUAUUUCCACUUCCUUUUAGAGAACUGAAUUUGAUAAAGAAGAAACUCAGUCUUUUAGCUCUUCUUCAUCAGUUUUUCACAGACAUAAAAGAAUUAAAAACAAGAGACUUUUAUGACUAUAAAGUCAUGUUCAUCUUUGAUGGUCUGGAUGAAUGUCGACUUCCUCUAGAUUUUCAGAACAAUGAGAGCGUAUUUGAUGUUAGACAGUCAGCCUCAGUGGAUGUGUUACUGACAAACCUCAUCAAGGGGAAUCUGCUUCCCUCAGCCCUCCUAUGGAUAACUACUCGACCAGCAGCAGCCAAUCAGAUCCCUCCUGACUGUAUUAACCAGGUAACAGAGGUACGAGGGUUCAGUGACCCUCAGAAAGAGGAAUACUUCAGGAAAAGGAUCAGUGAUCAGAGCCUUUCUGAAAGAAUCAUUACACACAUGAAAUCCUCAAGAAGCCUCUACAUCAUGUGCCACAUCCCAGUCUUCUGCUGGAUUGCAGCCACUGUUCUAGAGAGGAUGUUGGGUGAAGCAGAGAGUGGAGAGAUCCCCAAGACUCUGACUCAAAUGUUCACACACUUUCUGAUCUUUCAGAUCAAACACAGCAGCCAAAAGUACCACAGAAAAAGUGACAUUGAUCAUAAACAGACUAGAAAGAUGAUUCUGGCACUGGGAAACCUGGCUUUCCAACAGCUGGAAAAAAGAAACCUGAUCUUCUAUGAGGAAGACCUGAGAGAGUGUGGCAUUGAUGUCAGAGAAGUGUCAGUGUACUCAGGAGUGUGUACUCAGAUCUUCAGAGAGGAGUUUGGGCUGCACCUGGGGAAGGUUUUCAGCUUUGUACAUCUGAGUGUUCAGGAGUUUCUGGCUGCUUUAUAUGCAUUUCUUAACUUCAUCUCCAACAACACAAAUGUGCUGCUACAGCAAACCACUAGAUCUUCUGGUUUCUUUAAAAAGUUAACAAUGUCUGAUUUCCUCAAGAGUGCAGUGGACGAGGCCUUACAGAGUGAGAUUGGACACCUGGACCUUUUCCUCCGCUUCCUUCUGGGCCUCUUAAUGGAGUCCAAUCAGACCCUUUUACGAGGCCUAAUGACACAGACAGGAAACAGCUCUUACAGUGAAGAGGAAAUAGUCAAGUACAUCAAGGAGAAGAUCAGGGAGAAUCCCUCUCCAGAGAAAACAAUCAGUCUGUUCCACUGUCUGAAUGAACUGAAUGAUCAUUCUCUAGUGCAGGAAGUUCAAACAUACUUGAACAGAGGAGGUUCCAGGGGUCUCAGUGGUGCUGAGCUCUCUCCUGCUCAGUGGUCAGCUGUGGCGUUUGUGAUGCUGAAUUCAGAAGAGGAGCUGGAUGAGUUUGACCUUAGUAAAUUUGAUCCAUCAGAGGAAUGUCUUCUGAGGCUUCUGCCAGUGGCCAAAGCAUCCAGAAAAGUUGUACUGGAAUGUUGCAGUAUUACAGAAGAAGGCUGUGCUGCUCUCGUUUCAGCUCUAAAAUCAAAGCCCUCACUCCUCAGAGAGCUGAAUCUGAACUACAAUAAACCAGGAGAGUCAGGAGUGAAGCUGCUGUCUGAUCUACUGAAGGAUCCACACUGUAAACUAGAGAAACUACAGCUGGAACUCUGCAGUAUUACAGAGGAAGGCUGUGCUGCUCUGGUUUCAGCUCUGAAAUCAAACUCCUCACACCUGAGAGAGCUGAAUCUGAACUACAAUAAACUAGGAGAGUCAGGAGUGAAGCUGCUCUCUGAUUUACAGAAGGAUCCACAUUGUAAACUGGAGAAAAUACAGAUCUGCAACUCUUCGCAAUUAAGUAAGCUGAAUCUAAAUGAGAAAAAAAUUGGAGACUCAGGAGUGAAGCUGCUCUCUGAUCUACUGGAAGAUCCACACUGUAAGAUGAAGAAACUAGAUCUGUCUGGCUGCAGUAUUACAGAGGAAGGUUGUGCUGCUCUGGUUUCAGCUCUGAAAUCAAACCCCUCACAUCUGAGAGAGCUGAAUCUGAACUACAAUAAACCAGAAGAGUCAGGAGUGAAGCUGCUCUCUGAUCUACUGAAGGAUCCACAAUGUAAACUGGAGAAACUACAUCUGUCUGACUGCAGUAUUACAGAGGAAGGCUGUGCUGCUCUGGUUUCAGCUCUGAAAUCAAACCCUUCACACCUCAGAGAGCUGAAUCUGAACAGCAGUAAUCCAGGAGAGUCAGGAGUGAAGCUGCUCUCUGAUCUACUGGAGGAUCCACACUGUAAACUGGAGACACUACAUCUGUCUGACUGCAGUAUUACAGAGGAAGGCUGUGCUGCUCUGGUUUCAGCUCUGAAAUCAAACCCUUCACACCUCAGAGAGCUGAAUCUGAACAGCAGUAAACCAGGAGAGUCAGGAGUGAAGCUGCUCUCUGAUCUACUGGAGGAUCCACACUGUAAACUGGAGAAACUACAUCUGUCUGACUGCAGUAUUACAGAAGAAGGCUGUGCUGCUCUGGUUUCAGCUCUGAAAUCAAACCCCUCACACCUCAGAGAGCUUAAUUUAAACAACAAUAAACCAAGAAGGUCAGGAGUGAAGCUGCUCUCUGAUCUACUGAAGGAUCCACACUGUAAACUGGAGAAACUACAGCUGUGGGGUUGUGAUCUCACAGAGAGAAGCUGUGCAGUUCUUUCCUCAGCUAUCAUGUCAAACUCCUCAAGUCUGAGAGAACUGGACCUGGGUUUUAAUAAACUGCAGGAUUCAGGAGUGAAGCUGCUCUCUGCUGGACUGAAAAGUCCACACUGUAAACUGGAGGCACUGGGGCUGUGUUACUGUGAUCUCACAGAGAAAAGUUGUGCAGAUCUGUCCUCAGCUCUCAGCUCAAACUCCUCAAGUCUGAGAGAACUGGACCUGGGUUACAAUAAACUGCAGGAUUCAGGAGUGAAGCUGCUCUCUGCUGGACUGAAGAAUCCACACUGUAAACUGGAGAUACUGAAUCUGUAUAACUGCAGUAUUACAGAGGAAGGCUGUGCUGCUCUGGUUUUGGCUCUGAAAUCAAACCCCUCACACCUGAGAGAGCUGAAUCUGAGCUCCAAUAAACCAGGAGAGUCAGGAGUGAAGUUGCUCUCUGAUCUACUGGAGGAUCCACACUGUAAACUGGAGAAACUACACAUCAAAACACACACCUGACCUGGUCUGAGUCUCACACACACUGGGGGUUAUGAGGAGAGGAUGAAGUCUUAUAGAACACACACACACACACACACACACACACACACACACACACACAGUGUGUGAUCCUACAUGGUAAUCUGUGUGUUUUCGGGUCUUUAUUGGUCAAAUAUGUGAACACAGCUGCAGCACAGAGCUGUGUGCUCUCCCCUUGACAUCACUUCCUGUUUACCAGUGACCGCACCUCCAGCGUCCUGUCCGUCAAACUCCUCCCGUUUGAGGACGAGCCCACAUUGGUGAUGAGAGCGCGUACAGGAGGAGGAGAAGAGCCUGGUGUUCUGAUAACAACGUGAGGUCGACACUCAAACCAGUGGAAAUGUUGAUAGACUUUAAUAAACUCCCUCUAGAAAUCAACACUGGAGUCACGAGAGUGGAGGAGAUCUUCAAGAUCAUGAAGACACCAUCUCAGACACACACUCACAGAUAUGAGAGCACAGAGAGGCUCCUGAAGAGCAGCUGAAUGAGCUGAAACUCUGCUGCUUCCUGUGUUGUAUUAGUGUGAAGUUUCUGAGAUCAGGAUUUUGCUUUCAUGAUGUUUUUACUACAUUUAAACAGUCAG